AUGGACGACAAAGAAGUUGUGGCACUAAAAGCGGAGAGUUGGGACGAAUGGACACCGGAUAUUGUGGUGGGUAUUGAUUUUGGGAUGACCUAUACUGGUGUUGCAUAUUCAUGUGCGCCAGAAUGGCUUCCUCCGAAAACUCUCCAGCGCUGGCCAGGGAAGCUACCGGGAGAACUGGCGAAUAAAGUGCCGACAUGCAUCGAGUAUGACUCCAACUCUAACAGGAUUCUCAAUUGGGGGUUUCAAUGUGAUCCAGAAGGGAAAGGGCCAAACUUCAAAGAAUUCUUCAAGUUACAUCUCGCGCCUCAGUACCAAGAUGAGUAUCCCGGUGCUCCUAGUCGACACGAAGCCCAGCGCUGGUUCCAAGACUAUGUUCAUUGCGUAUAUCAACAUGUACUAUCUCAUUUCAGCAACACUAUUCCUCAUUUUGCUUCGCGCAAUGUUGAGUUUCUUUUCAGUGUUCCAACGACCUGGAAGGAUGUCCGAAUGGUUGAGGAAACUCGAAGACUUCUUGAGAACGCGAUAAAUGCGAAGACCCCAAAUCAUCGUGCCUUUAUAGGUCUUACUGAAGCUGAGGCUGCUGCGGUAUAUGCUGGGAAUGAGCACUAUAAUGCGGAUGAUACUAUCCUGAUAUGUGAUGCUGGUGGAGGAACUACAGACGUCAAUGUUCUGAAGCUCAUGUCAUCCCGAGGUGAGCCCACACGGCUCGAACAACUUGGUCAUGUCGAAGGGCAACCCAUUGGUUCAGUUUUUAUCGACAGAAAGAUGCACCAGCUUAUUUGUGAGAGGCUAGAAAAAGUCAAAGAGAGCCUAGGUCUGCCGCCUAGCGAAGCAGCGUGGAAAAUGACGUCCGGUCGCUUUCAAAGAUUGAAAUGCGCAUUCGGCACCGAAUCCACACUGACACCGUGGCUGACGCUGGAUGUACCCUCCUUGGAACCCAGCCCCGAUUUCCCAGAAGCAGAGAUAUACAAUGGACAGAUGCGCAUCGCAUGGACCCUUGUCAAAGGGUGCUUUGAUGCCAAAAGUGAAGAAAUUUGCAACCUUCUGGAUGGACAUCUUCGUCAGAUGCAUAUAAAGUACCCUGGCGAUCAAAUAACAUAUCUUAUCCUGUCGGGGGGUUUCGGCAGCUCCCCGUAUGUGCGGAAAUAUCUAUUGGAAAGAUACAGUGAGCCCAGCGCGCCUGUGCACCCUAAUGCCGCGGGAAUGCAGAUUCUACUUGCAGACGAACCGCAACUUGUGGUUGUGCAUGGCUUGGUCAUAGAUAGGAUACAACAAAUCAAGCGUGGAGUUGUCACCUUUGGAUCGAGAUGCUCACCCGUGAGCUACGGCAUUCUCUGCGACAAGAUAUACGACCCAGAGACCCACGUCGGAGAACCAGUUCGGCUUGAUCCACGAGAUAAGAAGACCUUCGCUGUUGACCAAAUUGACUGGCUAGUCAUUCAGGGAAAUCCCAUUCCAUACACUGGCAUUAAAAAGGAAUUCCAAUUGAAAUUGGACCCUGGCCGAGAAAUUGGACCUUGGAAGGUGCAUAUCGUCAUGUCAACUCUUACAUCAGAAAAGCUUCCCAGUAGUAUUAGCCAAAGCGGCGUUCAUCUGGUCUGCAGCCUUGACAUUGCGACUGAAACUGUGGAUAAGAAAUUGAAAAAUCGGCACUGGUACAGUAUGAAGCCAGCUUUCUGGAGAACCACAUUUGAUGUGAAGGUGGUGGUUGGACCUGCUGAUCUGUCCUUUCAGUUGUGGUCUAAAGAUAGGAGAAUCCGAAGUAAAAAACAUGAUCCUAUUGCGGUGAAAUGGAUGCCUGCUAAGUAG